GGCAAAAAAAAAAAAACCAUAGUUAUCAGUCCAACCUUAUCGACAUAAUCGAAGCAAAUCUCAGUUCUUCCCCUCAGAGCCACAGACCAAAAAACCCCCAAAUUACUCCAUGGCUUCUCCCUCUCUCUCACAUCUAUUACUGUUAGUUUCGCUCUUCUCCGCUCCAAAACCCUAAUGCAUCGCAAAACCCCACGAGAGCCCCCAUUCCCAUCGCGAUUCCAUCUCUUCCUCCGGUGAUAUGGCUUCCCUAUCGCCGGGGUGUUCGUUUAUUCACGCGCCGGCGGCCGCUGUCGUGUCUGAUUCCAGGCGUGUGAGUCGGAGAAGAUCGACGAUCGUGGCCGGCGGUCUCGGCAAUGUCUCCGAAGUUGUCCGCAAGGACGUGGAGUUCUUGAAGGACAAAAUCGGCGGCGGAAUCCGGUGGGCGAACAAGGCCUUUCGUGUCCCGGAAGCGACGAAGAAGGCGGAGGAAGUGUUCUGGCUUCGGAAUCUAGAAGACCCUGCUGCUCCGCCAUUGGAGCCUCAGUCUUGGCCACAACCUUCGUACCCAGGGCUUUCUGGUGUGGACUUGUUCAUGGCUGAUGUCAAAGCCUUGGAGGCGUAUGCUGGUUAUUUCUACUAUCUGUCGAAGCUGUGGUCUAGACCACUUCCUGAAGUUUAUGAACCGGAAGCUGUUGCAGACUACUUUAGUUGCAGGCCACAUGUUGUGGCUUUUAGACUUCUUGAGGUGUUUUUCGCUUUCAUGUUUGCUGCUAUCAGAAUACAGACAUCAGAAUCAGAUAAGGGCAGAAACGUAGAAGCUUCAGGGAAAAAUUUUGGAAUUGUGUUGAAAGAAACCCUGCUAAAUCUGGGCCCAACUUUUAUCAAAGUUGGCCAAUCCCUUUCCACAAGGCCAGAUAUCAUUGGGACAGAAGUCUCCAAGGCGCUAUCUGACCUACACGAGCAAAUCCCUCCAUUUCCCAGGCCCCAGGCUAUGAAAAUCAUUGAAGAGGAAUUGGGCGCUCCAGUUGAAUCAUAUUUUAGUCACAUCUCUGAAGAAACUAUAGCGGCAGCAUCCUUUGGUCAGGUGUACCGAGGAAGGACUGUUGAUGGUUUAGAUGUAGCUGUGAAAGUUCAACGACCUGAUCUGCGACAUUCCGUACUACGUGACAUUUACAUCCUUCGGCUUGGGUUGGGCAUAUUGCGAAAGGUAGCAAAGAGAAAAAGUGAUAUCCGUUUAUAUGCUGAUGAGCUUGGAAAGGGUUUAGCUGGAGAACUUGACUACACUUUGGAGGCCACCAAUGCUUCUGAGUUUCUGGAAGCUCACUCACGUUUCCCCUAUAUCCGGGUUCCAAAAGUGUAUCGACAUUUAACACAGAAAAGGAUUCUGACCAUGGAAUGGAUAGUUGGUGAGAGCCCUUCCGAUUUACUCUCAAUAUCUUCUGGCCACUCUGAUUAUGACUUCCAGAAUUCUGAGGGACAAGAAUUCGAAGCUAAAAGGCGUCUUCUUGAUCUGGUUAGAAAAGGCGUAGAAGCAACACUAGUUCAACUCCUUGAAACAGGUCUUUUACAUGCAGAUCCACAUCCUGGAAAUUUACGUUACACAUCAUCAGGACAAAUAGGGUUUUUGGAUUUUGGUUUAGUUUGUCGAAUGCAAAGAAAACAUCAGUUCGCCAUGCUUGCAUCAAUUGUGCACAUUGUUAAUGGUGAUUGGGCUUCUCUUGUUCAAGCAUUGAUUGAGAUGGAUGUCAUCAAGCCAGGGACCAAUACACGUCGUAUUACUAUGGAUCUGGAAGAUACAAUGGGAGAGGUUGAACUUAAAGAUGGGAUUCCUGAUAUCAAGUUCAGCAAGGUACUUGGAAAAAUAGUUUCGGUGGCCCUGAAAUAUCAGUUCCGCAUGCCGCCGUACUUCACACUUGUCUUACGUUCUCUCGCCUCCUUGGAAGGUCUGGCCGCCGUUGGGGAUCCGAACUUUAAGACGUUUGAAGCUGCAUACCCCUUUGUAGUUCAGAAGCUCCUCACCGAGAAUUCUCCUGCAACAAGGAGAAUUCUGUAUUCGGUGGUUCUUACCCGAAGGAAGGAAUUUCGAUGGGAAAGGCUCUCUCUUUUCCUGAGUAAAAGUUCUACAAGGAAACGCUUGCAAUCGGUAGCAUCGUCGAGUCAAGGAACUUCUGUCGACACCAUUACCAAUAGAACAGACACCAUUGUUGACAGCACAAGUUUGAUCCUGCGGCUAUUAGCAUCAAAAGAUGGUGCUGUCCUUAGAAGACUUGUGGUCACUGCGAAUGGUACUUCAUUGGUCCGGAAAUUUGUCUCCCGAGAAGCCCAUACGUUUCGCCAACAACUCUGCAGGACAGUAGCCGAUAUACUGUACCGAUGGAUGCUCCACAUCACUGGAUUCAGAUCUCCGAAAUUUGCUGUUACUUUAGAUCCAACUUCAGGAUUCAACUUGUCGUCGGCUCAUGACUUGGGGGUUUUGGUCAGAGACAAACGGCUCAGGGUGAUGAUCAGGAAGAUACUGGAAUCUGCAAAGAAAGAUCGAGUCUUGAUGUUCAGAUUCUGUUGUACUUCCUCUCUCUUGCUUCUCUCCGCAACCGCUAUAGCUUGCUACCGGUUUCUCAUCUCGGUGUCUGAAACUUGCAUCAACUACCUAUCACUUGCUGCCAAACCAGUCACCGUUCGGACCUGAAAAUCCCUUGUCUCGCCAGACCCGUUCUUACCCAAGGAGAAGUCCUGCAUUCUUUCGCACACAUGAGGAAUCGCAAAGAGGGCUCAAAGCAUCAGGAAGAAGCAUCAAACACCAAUACAAGAUCACAUAAUAGUUGAUAUUUUUAGUGUAUAGACUUCACUUUAGGAAGAAGCAACACUGUUUUGUUUCCAGACAAUUGCAGUGUUCUGUCAUGAUCGUGAACACACUAUAAACCAUUAUAUUUCGAAGAAUAAACCCCAAACCCAGAAACACAA